CAGCCGUCGACUUUGAAUUUUAGUUCAUCACUAUUUCAUCAUUAGCUCAUUUAUUUCUUCACAAUACGGAAAUACGACAUACUGAGUCAUGUGAGGACAUACGAAACGCGUGAAAUCGCCGAGGGCAGAUGUCCGUUACAGCGUAAACAUGUCGGAACCGAGAGUAAAGCGAAUAAAAACUUGCCUUCCCCUCUGUAAAACACAUAUAUCUUCUGCUGGGAGUCUAGCGAGGCAAAACUUCCCGACUGUCGUGGAGGAAAGUCUGUGUGGAGUUUCCACUUUGCUUAUGGAGGUCUCUUACAGACUGGAAGCGCUGGCCAAAAUCUUUGAGCAGAGUGAUGUGGCUUUACCCAGAGUGUCUGCGUAUUUUCAUCAGGAAUCAGUGAAGGAACUAGAGCGGGCAGAGGCAAUGCUGCAGUAUCUGUCCCAGCGCGGAGGAAAAUACUGCAAUAAGAACAUCCAGAGGUCAUGCACUGAACAGGUGUGUGCCGUCCUUCCUGCUCUGGAGAUCAUGCUUAACCAGUGGAAGGAGGAGAUGAGCGUCAUGCUGGAGCUGAAUCAGCUGGCGCAUGAGUACGGAGAUCCACACACCGCCAGCGUAAUCAAGAGUCAGUUCAUUCAGCCCCUCGUCCCAAAGGUCAAACUCGUCGGUGACCUCUUGACCAGCGCUCGCAGAGUGAGCUGCACCGGUGACAGCACGGGUGGCUUUGGCGAGUACCUCAUCGACCGGCUACAAGAGACCGCUUAGUCUUUCUCUUUGUUAAUCAUUUAGGAACCAUGUUUGCACUGUAAAAAGUGACUAUUCAAAGUAGUAAAAAAAAGCAAAGAUUAUUGGAGUACCUUUUA